CCAAAAAUGUCUCUCACCCUCUCGCGCAGCGCCACGCGCGCCGCAACCCGAACCCCCUCCACCCUCUUCGCCGCCUCGACCCGCCUCGCCGCCGCGCGACCCCUCACCAUCAACGUCCGCGCCGGGCGCCGCUACUUCCAGAAAGAUGCGCGGCCAACCCCGGCACGACCAAACGCGCAAGCACCCACCGCCCCAGUCGUCAAGCGCGGCGAGUCGAAACUGUACAAAGACGCCGACGCCGCCGUCGCAGACAUCCAGAGCGGCUCCACGCUGCUGAGCGCCGGCUUCGGGCUAUGCGGGAUAGCGCAAACCUUAAUCGAAGCCCUCGCCCGCCGCGGCCCCGCCUCCCUCCACUCCCUCACCGCCGUCAGCAACAACGCCGGCAAAGACAACUACGGCCUCGCCCUCCUCGCCUCCACCGGCCAGCUCUCCCGCCUCGUCAUGUCCUACCUCGGCAACAACAAGAAGCUCGAAGCCGACUACCUCGCCGGCCGCGUCGCCAUCGAGCUCUGCCCCCAAGGCACCAUCGCCGAGCGCCUGCGCGCCGCCGGCGCCGGCGUCCCCGCCUUCUACACCGCCACGGGCGUCGGCACGCUGGUCCAGACGGGGGGUAUUCCCGUCCGCCUCGGCGACGCCGGCAAGUCUGUCCUCGAGAUGGGUACGCCCCGCGAGUCCCGCGACUUCAACGGCCGCACCUACGUCCUCGAGCAGGCCCUGCCGGGCGAUGUGGCGGUCCUGCGCGCGUGGAAGGCCGACGAGGCCGGCAACUGCGUCUUUAGGCACACGACCAAGUCGUUUGCGCCGCUGAUGGCCAAGGCGGCGAAACUCACGAUCGUCGAGGCCGAGGAGAUUGUGCCGCUCGGUGCGAUCCGCAGCGAUGAGGUGCAUUUGCCGGGUAUCUACGUCGACCGCAUCGUCCCUGCGACGGCGGAGAAGGCGGUCGAGGUGCGCAAGGUACGGGAGGAGGCGGGCGCAAAGAGCGUCAGUGGCGAGAAGAGCGAAGCACAAACGCGGCGCGAGCGCAUCGCCCGCCGCGCAGCCAAAGAGCUGAAGAGCGGGUACUACGUGAACCUGGGCGUGGGCAUCCCGACCCUCGCGCCAUCGUUCCUCGACCCCACUACUAAGGUCUGGAUACAGUCGGAGAACGGAAUCCUAGGCAUGGGCCCGUACCCGACGGAAGCAGAGCUCGACCCAGACCUCAUCAACGCAGGCAAAGAAACCGUGACGCUCGUGCCCGGUGCAUCGACGUUCGACAGCGCCGAGAGCUUCGGCAUGAUCCGCGGCGGGCACGUCGACGUGUCUAUUCUUGGGGCGCUGCAGGUCAGCGCGGCCGGGGACUUGGCCAACUAUAUGAUUCCGGGGAAGACAUUCAAAGGCAUGGGCGGCGCCAUCGACCUCGUCUCCAACCCGGACGUCACCAAGAUCGUCGUCGCGACCGAGCACGUCGCGAAAGACGGGACGGCAAAGAUUGUGCAGUCGUGCGCGCUGCCGUUGACCGGGGCGAAGGUCGUCAGCACCAUUAUUACUGACUUGGUGAGUGGUUAUUCUUUCCUUCUUUCUAUUCAUUUUUUCCGUUUUCUUUUUUCCUUUCUUUUCUUGUUGGAGAUGGCGUCGGGACAGCUUGCUGACGAGCGGACAAACAGUGCGUGUUUGAAGUCGAUCGCGCGAAUGGCAAGCUCGAGCUUACGGAGCUGGCGCCGGGCGUCGAGGUUGAGGAGGUUAGGGCGAAGACGGAUGCAAAGUUUGAGGUUGCGAAGGAUUUGAGGAUUAUGGAGUAGGGUAGGGUAGGGUAAUUUGGUUGGGGGGUAAUGUAUACAUUAUAAAUUUAUAAUAGAGCAUAUAGAGGAAAUAGGGAUUAUUUACGACUUGCCUUAGGAGGUCUUUCAUGUGGAUAUUUACUUAGACACAUACACUAUGAAUUUCGGUAUUGUUUGAAC